AAAAAUAAAAAAAAUGUCCUUAAAACUUUAUUGCCCUGUAGGAAACUUCCGUGCAAACCAAAUCUUAAUAACAGCUGAUUUAUGUGGUGUUGAGAUCAAACAUAUAGACAUGGAAUACUCUGAUAGUAAAACCAAAGAAUUCUUACAAAAAAACCCCUUAGGAAAAGUUCCAGUAUUAGAAACCACUGAAGGUUUUAUAUUUGAAACAAAUACUAUAGUUCGUCAUUUAGCCCGUAAAUCCCAUAAGCUUUACGGAUCUUCAUUAUACUAAUAAGCUUUAGUUGACUAAUACUUAGAUAUAUUCCAAAAUGAAUUAGCACCUCCAUUACUUGCUUUAACGUGUCCUGUGUUUGGUUGUAUUUAAUUCGAUAAGGAAGUAUAUAAAGCAGCUAAGACUGAAGUAUAGACAGUUUUGAAAAUAAUCGAAGAUAGAUUAAAAGUAUCAAAGUAUUUGACUGGAACUGAAGUUACUAUUGCUGAUAUUUAAUAUGCUGUUUACUUAUCUUAUGCUUUCAGAACUAUUUUUGAUGAAAAAUAUAGAUAAACAAUUAAACAUGUAGUUGCUUGGUAUGAAAGUAUUGCUUAAUUACCUCAAUUUGUAAAAUAUAUCGGAAAAUUAAGAUAUACAAUAAUUGAAUGGGUAGCUAGUUAACCAGAAAAGAAAGAAAAUAAAAAAAAAGAAGGAACAGUGCCUCCUGCUGCUGUUUAAAAAUAAUAAUAAUAAAAAAAAGACGAGAAAUAAAAAGAAUAAAAAUCCCCUGUUAAAUAAUAAUAAUAGUCAACUAAUAAGCAAACAUAAGAACCUGCUUAAGAAUAAUAAUAAGGUGGAUUUGAUCUUUAUAAUUUCAAGACUUUAUAUACGAACGCAAAAGAUAAAAAUGAAGCUGUUAAAUUUUUAAUCGAAAAUUGGACUAGUGGAAAACUUUGCUUAUAUAAAGCUCAUUAUGAUAAAUAUGAAGGAGAAGGUACUGUCUUAUAUUAAUUCAAUAAUCUUAAAAGUGCAUUCAUUUAAAGGUGUGAAGCUGCCAGAAAAGUAGCAUUUGGUACUUAUAGUGUAUAUGGCGAUGAACCCAAUCUUGAAAUUUAUGGCGUUUGGUUAUUUGUUGGAGAUAAAAUGCCUGAAGAAAUGAAAGAAAAUCCUUCUUUAGAAUAUACUUAAUGGACUAAAUUAGAUAUUAAUAAACCCGAAGAUGUUAAUACUUUAACAUAAUAUUGGAUUAAUGUUGAAGAAGAUGUUUCAGUUGUUGAAGGUAGAAAAUUAAGAAGUUUUUCUUGUUUUAAAUGAAGAAGGAAAUACUUUUUUUAUUAAAAGUUUAAUAUCAUGAAGUUUUAUUUUUUAAAGUAUAUAUUGCUUUAUAUUGAUAUUUUAUAUUUAAUGGCAAUUUAUAUUUGUUAUUU